CUAUCCAUUCGUUCUCAUUCAUACCUCGACUAGGGAUUUUUUUAGCUCCCAGUUAUUCCUCUCUAACAUCUCUUUCCAUCCCAACUUUCCACAGCAACCACCACCGCUAUGGGUCGUCCUGAGCACGCAGAUACAUGCACGGAAAUCAGUCUCGCAUGUCCCAUCGAGGCCACAAUUUACGGCUACUACCCCAACCUCGGCGCUAAUGCCUUCUUCGCUGCCUUCUUCGGCAUCUGCAUGAUCGCCCAAAUUCUUCUUGGUGUCAAAUACCGAACAUGGACUUACAUGAUAGCCCUGACCUUGGGCUGUCUAGGAGAAAUGGUCGGCUACAUCGGACGUAUUAUAAUGCACGGCAACCCAUGGAGUGAUAUCGGCUUCCAGAUUCAGAUCUGCUGUCUGAUCAUUUCGCCUGCUUUUGUCGCAGGUGGUAUCUACCUCACUCUCAAGCACAUUGUCUUGAACUUCGGCGAGAAGUGGUCGAGACUUCGCGCUGGAUGGUAUACCUGGAUCUUCAUCUCUUGUGACAUCUUGUCUCUCGUCCUCCAGGGCGCCGGAGGAGGUAUCGCUGCCACUGCCGAUACCGGAUCUAGCAUGUUGGAUGUUGGAACCAACCUCAUGAUCACUGGAGUCAUCUUCCAAGUUGUUGUGCUCGUCUUCUUUGGCUACUUCCUCGGCGAAUACACCUUACGCACACAUCGCCACCGUGAUGAACUCUCUUCUGAGUCUCUCAAGCUCCUCAACUCGUCCCCCUUCCGAAUGUUCAUGUGCGCCGUUGUGAUCGCCUAUAUUGGCAUCCUUGGUCGAUGCGCUUACCGUAUUCCCGAGCUCACUGAUGGCUGGGGCAGCGACAUCAUGCGCAAUGAGGUUGAAUUCAUUGUGCUCGAGGGCGCGAUGAUUGUUAUCUCUGUACUAGUCCUGACUGUCUUCCAUCCUGGAUACUGUUUCCCGGCUCUUGCCAACACUAUUGGAAAGAAGAAGGCUUCGCACCAGAAGGCUCUGAGUGAGGACUCUGGCGAGGAGAUGAUGGCUCGUGCGUAAGCACUUGCCACCGCUAAACUGUUCGAUCCGCCCCAUUGCUGGGCUAUUGGAAUUUUUCUUAUGUUGGGGUUGGGCUUAUGUUUUGAUAUCAUACCUACUACUGUUGUUGGACGGCUAUGGCG